AUAAGCGGGUGAAGAGGCAGUCUGAGGAUAAAGGGCCCAUCUUGAAUCGGCAGUGGGCUGGAAGGCAGUCAGGCUGAGACCAUGGAGCUCAGUGUCUUCCUCCUCCUUGCUUUCCUCACAGGUCUCUUGCUUCUCCUGGCCAGGGGCCACCCAAAGGCACAGGGCCGCCUCCCACCAGGCCCCCGUCCUCUGCCCAUCUUUGGGAACCUUCUCCAGAUGGACAGAAGAGGCCUCUUAAAAUUCUUCCUGAGGCUCCGAGACAAAUACGGGGAUGUCUUCACGGUGUACUUUGGGCCAAGGCCUGUGGUCAUGCUAUGUGGGAUAGAGGCCAUUCGAGAGGCCCUGGUGGACCAAUCUGAGGCCUUCUCUGGUCGGGGGAAAGUUGCCGUUGUUGAUCCAGUCUUCCAGGGAUAUGGUGUUGUCUUUGCCAAUGGGAAACGCUGGAAGACCCUUCGGCAAUUCUCUCUGACCACCAUGAAAGACUUCGGGAUGGGCAAGAGGGGUGUGGAGGAGCUGAUUCAGGAAGAAGCUCAAUGUCUCGUGGAGGAACUGCGGAAACCCCAGGGAGAGCUCCAGGACCCCACCUUCCUCUUCUACUCCAUCACCGCCAAUGUCAUCUGCUCCAUUGUAUUUGGAGAACGCUUUGCCUACAGAGAUCCUGAGUUCCUGAAGCUUCUGGACAUGUUUUACCAGACCUUCACGCUCACAAGCUCCUUCUCCAGCCAGGUGUUCGAGUUCUUCUCUGACAUCUUGAAGUACUUUCCUGGCACACACAGGCAAAUCUACAGAAACCUGCAGGAAAUCAAUGCCUUCAUUGGCCGCAGUGUGGAGAAGCACAGGGAGACCCUUGACCCCAGCACCCCUCGGGACUUCAUCGAUACCUACCUGCUCCACAUGGACAAAGAGAAAUCCGACCCGAACAGCGAGUUCCACCAACAGAACCUCAUCAUCACUGCUCUCUCGCUCUUCUUCGCGGGCACCGAGACCACCAGUACCACUCUUCGCUAUGGAUUCCUGUUCCUGCUCAAAUACCCCCAUGUCGCAGAGAGAGUCCACAGGGAGAUUGAUCAGGUGAUUGGCUCACAUCGCCCUCCAGCCCUGAAUGACCGAGCCAAAAUGCCAUAUACUGAUGCAGUCAUCCAUGAGAUUCAGAGAUGCGGAGACAUUCUUCCUCUGGGCUUGCCCCACGUAGUCACCAAAGACAUUCUAUUCCGAGGGUACAUCAUCCCAAAGGACACUGCAGUAUUUCCCAUCCUGAGCUCUGCUCUACAAGACCCCCGUUACUUUGAAAAACCAGACACCUUCAACCCUGACCACUUUCUGGAUGCCAAUGGGGCACUAAAGAAGAAUGAAGCUUUUAUCCCCUUCUCCUUAGGAAAGCGCAUUUGCCUUGGUGAAGGCAUCGCCCGCACGGAAUUAUUCCUCUUCUUCACCACCAUCCUGCAGAACUUCUCCGUGGCCAGCCCUGUGGCCCCUGAGGACAUUGACCUCACACCCCAGGAGAAUGGAGUGGGCAAGGUGCCCCCGACAUACCAGAUCCGUUUCCUGUCCCGCUGAGAGGAUUGAAGGAAAGGGGUCAAAGGAUUCCAGGGUCAUGAAGUAUCCCCACCUCUGCAGGGAAUGUAUCCUGACACUCUAUGUUUUCUUGAUUUGAGAGACCUGCUACAAGCCAGUAUCCUUUUCCUUUCUUGGUUGCCAACUCCAUGCAGCGUAAUCUCCUUCUUUCAUGCUUAAGCUCUUCUAAAUACUCAAGGAGGUUUUCCUUUCCUCUAGCAAUAGAAUUCCAGAAGUGGUGUAUAUACAGAAACUGGAGGCUGAAAGGGGAAACUCAGCACAGAAUUUCUCUGCAGUUCUGCCACCCAGGCCACAGUUCCCCUUGAGUGACAUCUCCCUUCUCAGAACAAACACAGCCUCCAUUUGUAUACUCCUCAUGGUCCAUGAUGUGUGCAUACAUCAUCUUGCUUGAAUCUCUCAACAGCCCCACCUGGCGGGUACAAUGAUCAUGUGUAAGGCUUCAGUUGUCCGAGGUCACAUGGCUAGUGAGUGGAAGACAAAGAUCUACACUCUGUCUCCCUCACUAUAGAACUUAAACUCUUUACUAAAGCUCCCUCCCCAUAUGUUUUUAAAUUAAGGUGAAAUUCACAGGAAAAAAAAUCAAGAAUUUUAAAGAGUGUAAUUUAGUACUUUCUGUGUCUGUGGAUUUUCUGCAUAUUUUAAUGUAAUGGAAUCACACGA